UGCUGCCACUCGCUCCCACCGCUAACAGUAGUAACAAUUUUGUGCGCGUAUUUUCUUGCUGUUGGCUAUAUUGCCAAAACUCGGAGCGGCGCCAAAGUUAAAUAUCUCCAACAUAUUUUGGUUCUCCCCGAUCAGCAAUCGGAGUUUAUAGAACCGGCAAACACCGAUUAAAGAGAGAUUUAAAACAGCCGACCAAGCCGCAAAAUGCAGUCUCACAGCAAAAAACGCGUGUGCUACUACUACGACAGUGACAUUGGCAACUACUACUAUGGCCAGGGUCAUCCCAUGAAGCCCCACCGCAUACGCAUGACCCACAACCUGCUGCUCAACUAUGGGCUCUACAGAAAAAUGGAGAUUUACCGUCCCCAUAAAGCCACUGCCGAUGAGAUGACCAAGUUCCACUCGGACGAGUACGUCCGGUUCCUGCGCUCCAUCCGGCCGGACAACAUGUCGGAGUACAACAAGCAGAUGCAGCGAUUCAAUGUGGGCGAAGAUUGCCCCGUCUUUGACGGACUCUACGAGUUCUGCCAACUCUCCGCCGGUGGAUCCGUGGCUGCAGCAGUCAAGCUGAACAAACAGGCCUCCGAGAUCUGCAUCAAUUGGGGCGGUGGCCUGCAUCAUGCCAAGAAAUCGGAGGCCUCCGGCUUCUGCUAUGUCAACGAUAUCGUCCUGGGAAUUCUGGAGCUGCUGAAGUACCACCAGCGUGUUCUCUACAUAGAUAUAGAUGUCCAUCAUGGCGAUGGCGUGGAGGAGGCUUUCUACACCACCGAUCGUGUGAUGACCGUCAGCUUCCACAAGUACGGAGAGUACUUCCCGGGCACCGGCGACCUGCGAGAUAUUGGCGCCGGCAAGGGAAAGUACUAUGCGGUGAAUAUACCCCUGCGAGAUGGCAUGGAUGAUGAUGCGUACGAGAGCAUCUUCGUGCCGAUAAUCAGCAAGGUAAUGGAGACAUUCCAACCGGCAGCAGUGGUGCUGCAAUGUGGCGCCGAUUCCCUGACUGGCGAUCGCCUAGGCUGCUUCAAUCUCACCGUCAAAGGUCAUGGAAAGUGCGUGGAGUUCGUGAAGAAGUAUAACCUACCUUUCCUCAUGGUCGGCGGUGGUGGUUAUACCAUCCGAAACGUCUCCCGCUGCUGGACUUACGAGACCUCAGUGGCCCUGGCCGUGGAUAUCGCCAACGAACUGCCGUACAACGACUACUUUGAGUACUUUGGCCCCGAUUUCAAGCUGCACAUUAGUCCCAGCAAUAUGACAAAUCAGAAUACGUCCGAGUACCUGGAAAAGAUCAAGAACAGGCUGUUCGAGAACCUGCGCAUGCUGCCCCAUGCUCCAGGCGUUCAGAUCCAGGCGAUUCCCGAGGACGCCAUCAACGAUGAGUCCGACGACGAGGACAAAGUGGACAAGGACGAUCGCCUGCCGCAGAGCGACAAAGACAAGCGGAUCGUGCCGGAGAACGAGUACUCCGAUUCGGAGGAUGAGGGCGAGGGCGGUCGCCGGGAUAACAGGACGUACAAGGGUCAGCGGAAGCGACCGCGCCUGGACAAGGACACUAACAGCAACAAGGCCUCCUCGGAGACGUCCAGCGAGAUCAAGGACGAGAAGGAAAAGGGUGAUGGAGCUGAUGGCGAGGAAUCGACGGCGUCCAACACGAACAGCACCAGCAACAACAACAGUAACAACAAGAGCGAAAACGAUGCCGGAGCGACGACCAAUGCCGGAUCCGGAUCGGGUUCAGGUUCCGGUUCCGGAGCGAAGGGCGCUAAGGAGAACAACAUAUGACGUGGCGGCCGCAAUUGGUUAUAGAAGCCAAUUAAGCGACCGCCGAAGUACAAGCCGCCGGAUUUUACCUAGCGUCGUCUCAUCGUGUCCUCUCAUCCACCACGCCCCCUGCUGAGCCACGCCCACGGCUCCCUCUACACGCCCCUGCAUCAGUUCCCCUGCGAUCGGCUGCUAUAUAGUGUGCAUGCUAAAAUCCAUCGCUUUCCGGGGGGACAAAUCCGUAAUCAGUGGGCGGGACUUAAACUCAUCGUAAGAUAAAAUACGAUUUAUUUUAAGGCAAUCUGUGCAGAUCGCAAGUGUAUAAGCUAAGCAAAAAGAGUAAAUUCAUAAAUUUAAGCGAUCCAAUUUGGCGAAUCAAGCAGAAAAUAAUCUAAUCCAAUAAAUAUUUAUAAAUACCAAAA